ACCUGUGGAAUUGCUUCCCUUUAAGUAUCUGACAACGUGAAUGGCAGCAUUCCAGUGUGCUUCACAAGGGUGUUGGAGAUGUUGGCUCAAUUGUUGCACAGCGUAGCAUAAAUCUGGCCUUGUAAAUCCCAGGAUUUGGAUGAAUUGUUGUGGACAAAUCUUCAGAGUUUCAAGUUGCUGCAGCGAUUAUACAGAGAAGGUUAUUUCAGAUCUUUGCCUGCUCUGGUGCCAUGUUGCAAUUUCAAGAAUGAAAUGUAAGCUUGGAGAAUUAUUCAAGAAGAAAAAUCAACCACAAGAAGCGGUUGUAUAGCCACAGAUCAUUCGAGUUUCCGUUACAGCAAAGGAGACUCAAGUCUUCCUUUUUAUAAACAGGGAAGCAGCUAACAGAAUAAACUAACAGACCAAAGAAGAAAAAAAACAGAAGCGUGCUAGCGCUUUUACAAGGAAGGAGAAGACUCCCAACGGUUACAAAGAAACGCAUUUUCACUUAACCCACAAAGAAGAAAGAAAGCGCCGUUAUGCGGAAGUGCGAGAAUGACUACAGCAGCUCAGUUCUUCUUGCUCUGAGAUUUUCUGCAGCUGCAACCUUGAGAAUCACUGUUGGGUUUCAUCAGAUCGUCUCUCCACCGAGUUGGAAGCAAUCAGACAUGUGCUGGAAGAUGCAGAAGAGAAAAGUUUUCACGAUGCGCCAAUCCAAAAUUGGUUGAACAUGCUGGAAGAAGUGUGCAAGUAUAUAGACGACAUGGUGGACGAAUGGAACUUUGCUGCUCUUAAGCGUCGGAUUGAAGGUCGAUCUGAGGAUCUUUCUUUGCCUUGGGCGUCGAAGAAGGUUUGUCCUCUUAUCCCAUCUUCUUCUUCUUUCAUGUGUUUUAAGAAGGUUGUAAUACGUCGAGAUAUGGUCAAGAAUAUAACGGAAUUGAGAGAAAGGCUGGAUGUGAUUGCGGUGAAGAAAGAUCUAUAUGGUUUAAGACCCCUUGUGCGAUCUGGUGAUCGAGGAACAGUUAGACUUCCAUCUACUUCUUUAGUUCACGAAAAGAUGGUUUAUGGUCGAGACACUGAUAAAAAGAUUCUUGUGAGAAAACUCAUGCUUGAAGUAGUUCAAGUAGGUCCCCAAGUUAUUUCUAUAGUUGGGGCCACGGGAAUUGGGAAGACGACUCUUGCUGAACUCGUAUACAAUGAUAAUCUUCUGAAAAACUAUUUCGAUGUUAGAGUUUCGGUUUGGGUUUCUGAUGAUUUCAGUCCGGCUACAAUUGCUAACUCGAUUGAAUUGAAGGUGCUGUUGAAUCGCUUAAGAGACUGCAUUUCAGGGAAAAAGUUCCUUCUUUUCCUAGACGAUGUUUGGACAGAGGACUACUCCAAAUGGGAACCGCUUAAAGAAUCUCUUAAUUGUGGUGACCCUGGAAGUAAAAUUUUGGUGACAACACGAAAUGAAAGGGUUGCAAGAAUGAUGGGCAGUGACGAGAUUCAUUAUUUAGGCAGACUAUCUGAUGAAGACUGCUGGAUGCUAAUGAAAGAUAUAGCAUUUUGCGGUCAACAUGAGGAGGCUCAUCAAGAAUUCGAAGUUAUCUCCAGGGAAAUAGCUAAGAAUUGCAAUGGCUUGCCGCUUGCUGCAAAGUUCUUGGGAAGCCUUUUACGUACUAAACGUACUAAGCAAGAGUGGGAGAGUAUCUUGCAAAGCGUAAUAUGGGAAGUGCAUGUAUCAGAAGCUGGGCUUUUUCCUCUUUUGUUUUUGAGCUACAAGGACUUGUCGCCGGUAAUUAAGCAGUGCUUCUUAUAUUGUGGCGUAUUUCCCCAGAAGUCAGAGAUUGUUGUGGAGAAGUUGAUAAGAAUGUGGAUGGCUUUAGGCUAUCUAAGCCAAACUGAGAGGAUGAGUGACUUGGAAUCUAGAGGCAUAGAGUACUUCGAAAAUUUGAUCAUGUAUUCUGUCUUUAAAGACUUUGUAGUACACGGUGAUAGAGUUUACUGCAAAAUAGAUGAGACAAUGCAUGAUUUUGCUCAAUUUCUCAAAAGAACCAAAAGUCAGGAUCACAAUCACGGAGUAAAUGCAAAGAAAAAAUUGUCACUCCAAGAUUACAGUCAACCACUAGUUUCCCAAGCCCAGGUAUAUCGUAGCUUAAUUUGUCAAAAUGAGCUUCCUUCUGAAAGAUUUUAUGUUAUAACUUGCCUAAGGGUAUUAAGUUUAUGUGAGUGCGAUAUGCAAGAGAUUCCAAGUAGUAUAGAAGCAUUGAUUCACUUGAGGUACUUAGACUUGAGUGGUAACGGAUCAAUAACGGGAGUUUCUGAAAGUGUAUGCAAGUUGUACUACUUGCAAACUCUCUAUUUGAGCAACUGCUGGUUGAGACAAAUACCAAGGAAAAUUGGGAAUUUGAUUUACUUGAGACACCUGGACUUCAGUUGGAAUUCAUACAUAGAAGAGUUGCCAGAACCUAUAUGCAAUUUGUAUGAUCUACGAACCCUGAAUAUUGCAUACUGUAGCCGUCUUUCUAGGCUUCCACGAGGCAUCGAAAAACUGUCACGCCUAAGACACCUUCCCAACGAUGAAACUGAAAUUCUUCAUCAGAUUCCUCAAGGAUUGGAGAAAUUGACUGGCCUUCAGACAUUGAGACUGUUCCAUGCUGGAAAAGAUUGGAGCAAACUAGGAUACUUGGAGAGGUUGGACCAACUCAGUGAAUCUCUAGAGCUGAAAAUCCGUCUUCAUGAUAGAGAAGAUGUGAAUGAGGCACGGAAGGCAGCGCUGAGACGCAAGAUCAACAUACAGCGCCUGAAAAUCUAUUUUCUUGAUGCAAUGCGGAGAACAGAAGGAGAGGUGUCGAUAAGUAAUGAAACAAUGGAGGCUCUGCAGCCAUCUCCAAACUUGCAUUAUUUAACAAUUCAUGGCUACAAGGGGACAAAGUUCCCAGCCUGGAUCUCCUCAUCUCUCAGCCAUCUAAAAGUUCUUGAAUUCCAAGGAUUCAGUAAUAUCACAACCUUGCCAUGUUUGGGGAAGUUACCGGAGCUGAAAGAGCUUUCAGUGUGGGUAAUGGAAGAUUUGAGAUCUGUGGGCAGGGAAUUUCUUGGAAUAGAAGGGAAUACUGAUGGCUCAACGCCAUCGUCAGGUGUGGUGAUAAGCUUCCCUAACUUGGAGUCACUGAGUUUACGGGGCUGUCCGAACUGGGAAGAAUGGGAGGACAUAACAGCUGAAGAAGAAAAGAUGGGCAGCCUGUUGAUAAUGCCGCAUCUCAAGCAGUUGGCGAUCCACGCUUGCAGGUUGACACAGCUACCACAUCGGCUCCUCCGGAAGGCCUCAUCGCUCCAACAUUUGACAAUCGAGCGUUCUUUCAACCUAUUGGAACAUUAUGGGAAGAACGGUUCUGGGUCGAGAUUCCUCUCCCAUAUUCCACAUGUUACAGUAAGCUAGGGAGACACCACCUUCCAGUACUGUUUUAUGGAAGUUCUAUUCCUUAGUUACUUUCUAUAUGUUGUAAUAGGAAAAUUCUCUAUCAUAUUGGUGGGAAAAUUCUACCUCGAAUCAUAUUUAGUCAUACGUGAAUUAAUUAUAUAGCAAGCGUAAUACGAUUGCUAUAUAAUUGGGGUGUAUGGUUAAAGAAAAGUAACCAAUCACACGACAAGCGUAUUAUAUUUGGUUUAACUUGUGCUGCUUGGGGUGUUUGAACUGGUUUCAUGGUUUGCAUUACAAUCAUUUGUUUUUCUUCCCCUUGUCUUUUUGCUAUCUUCCUUUCUAUUUGUGCUUCGGCUAUGUC